CUCAUUCAGGAGGGCACAAUCAUAACAGAAUGCCCAGCCGUAAGAUAGAACUGUGUCGUCUAGAACCGACUCUCGUGUGAAGUAGAAUCUCUGAUCUAAGGUCAUUUGUGCAUGUUAUUAUUUCCUUAUGGUUAAGGUUGGGGCAGGAUAAGAUGAUCCUAGAUCUGUUCAUGUUUCCCUAAAUUUUGUCUCAUUCAACAAAGAAAGUGGCCAGCACUGGUCACUGCACCCAGACUAUGUUCAACAUUCACUCUGAAAGAAUGAAACCUGUGACAGAUGGAAAGAGUCUUUCCUUCUUUCCUUCAGUUAUUUUCAGCCUCUCGCUGUUUCUAAAUGACGUACCCCUGUCUUCUGUUGGAAACGCUGCUUCAUUAUGUGUAGAUAAAGGAGUGAGAAGCAUCAACGCUGUGAUGUUAUGUCUAGUUCAUCAGUGGGGGCUCAAAUUGGUAACUAAGUCCCUGCAUCUGGCACACACCCCUCCCAGCUGCUUUGCUUUCCAGCUGUGUGUGUGUGUGUGUUACCCCUUGCUUUAGUUGGAAUGAGCUGUUGACUUUGAACCAAUCAGAUUCACCCACGGUAAGUCCUGGAAGAGCAUUAACACUCAGACAGGAUGUGUGCAUCAAUGUGAGUUUGGGAGACGAGAGACUAACAGAAGAAAUAGCAAGGAAGAGAGCAAGACCAAAAAAAUAACAAAUUUGCUCCAGAGUUACAAUUUGCUCUCUCUCCGUCACACAUUCUGAAGAUGGACUACAGCUGUUCUAACCUAGAGACACUCAGAAAGCCUCUCCGCUACCUCAGUAAUGAGGAGGCUGCGGCCUUGGAGGCAGAGUUGUUGGGAGAGUAUCGCUUUGGACCGCAGCAACUGAUGGAGAUCUGGGGCCAUGCCUGUGCCAUCGCUAUCACCAAGGCCUUCCCCCUGAGUUCCCUCAAGAGGCAUCCUACAGUGUUGGUGAUCUGUGGUCCCAGUCAGAAUGGCUGUAUUGGUCUGGCCUGCGCUCGCCACUUACGCAUGUUUGACUAUAUGCCCACAGUGUACUACCCCAAGCGCUCUACUCUGGCCCUGCACCGGGACUUUACAGUACAGUGUGAGAAAACGGACAUCCCUUUCCUCUCAUUUCUUCCCGCAGAGGUGCAGCUGAUAAACGAUGCGUAUAACCUGGUGGUGGAUGCCAUCUUGGGGCCGGAGACAGAGCCGUCUGAUAUCAGUGAGCCCUACAGCAGCAUCCUGCUCACCCUUAGACACAUCCGUAUCCCCAUCGCCAGUGUGGACAUCCCCUCAGGGUGGGACGAGGCCAACAUUGACUGUAUAAACCCGACAGUGCUCAUCUCCCUCAUGGCACCAAAGAAGUGUGCUGUCGGUUUCAGUGGGACACAUUACCUGGUGGGACGCAUCCUGCCCUAUGACAUCCAGAGGAAGUAUGAGCUCAAUGCACCAGAAUACCAUGGCACAGACUGUCUGGUUGAGCUAGGGUAAACAGAUGCUCUGUUUUUCCAAGGGUUUCAUCAACUAUUUAGAAGUGUAGACCUUCCUUCAUCCUUGAGGUUCUCUACUGAGUAAAUAUUAUUGCUUUUCACCAAACAUUUCACAUCAGAUCAAGGAAGGAUGCCUUAUUUGUAAUGAGGAUAUUUAGCAGAUAUCUAUUUCUUAGUGUAACAAGGAAAUAGAGCUUUCUUUAUAUUCAUAAUCUCAGAAAACCGGUCAGAUUCACCAGCUUGGUUCUAAACCGUGAGGAAGUUUGCAAAGCUGUAUAAAAUAUGAUGUACCGUUUGCCAAAAUAAACACGAGCUGUUAAUAAUUGGUCUAUGUUC